UCUCUUACUCUAUUAUUUACUUGUUUGACAAGAUACUCUGUUGAUGUCCUCUAGUCUAGCUUGUGAAUCAAUUCAUCAUUUUAAAGACAUAGCUCAAUCAGCUCAUUGAUAAGCCUGGAACGCACCCAAAAAUAAAAGGAAAAAGUUUAUAAAACCCAUUUCUCACCUCCGUAGACACUCAUGAAUUGAUUCCUGCCACACCCUCCCUUCCUUACAUCUUCCCCUCCCCUCGACUACAAAUAAAUCCAGACACAUGGCAUCAGAACCAGAAACCCCCGCCCCAGCUUCCUGCAAAGUUGUACUUGCCGCGAAUGUUGCGCGGGGCCUUUUGGCUGAGGUCAAUGAGGGGCGUCAGACGCUGAACAGGGCGCCGCACCUCGUGGGGUUUUUGGCCAAUUCAGACCCGGCUGCGAAGAUGUAUGCGGAUUGGACGGAGAAGACGUGUAAAGACAACAACUUUCGCUAUACCCUCCGCACCGUCUCGCGCGACGACAUCGAAGACGCCAUCCUAGCCGCCAACGCAGACUCAGACAUCGAUGGCAUAAUAGUCUACUACCCCAUCUUCAACAACAGACAAGACCAAUAUCUCCAACAAAUCGUCGACAUCUCCAAGGACGUAGAGGGCCUCAGUCACCGCUACAUCUUCAACAUGUACCAAAACAUCCGCUUCCUCGACCCCCCGCAAAACAAGCAGAAAUCCGUCUUGCCCUGCACGCCGCUCGCAGUUAUCAAGAUCCUCGAGUACCUGCAGAUUUACAACACUAUCCUCCCCUACGGGAAUAGGCUGUUUGGGCAUACGAUAUGUGUGGUUAAUCGGUCGGAGGUGGUGGGGAGACCGCUGGCGGCGUUAUUGGCGAAUGAUGGCGCGUGUGUAUAUAGUGUGGAUGUCACAGGUGUACAACAGUUUACGCGUGGGGAGGGGAUUAGGAAGAGACAUCACGAGGUUAUGGAUAUGGAGGGGUGGGGGUUGGAAGAUGCGGUGCCGCAUUGUGAUGUGGUUAUCAGCGGGGUGCCAGGGGAUAAUUUCAGGUUUGAUACGAAGUUGUUGAGACAGGGGGCUGUGUGUAUUAACUUUUCGAGUGAGAAGAAUUUCGGACCAGAGGUGAAAGAGAAAGCAUCCAUAUACGUCCCGGCCAUUGGGAAGGUUACGAUCGUGGUGCUGCUGAGAAACUUGCUUAGGAUCGUCCAGAACCGCAGCCACAGUCAGGUCCACCCUGCAGACGCUGUUGAGAAACCCGGCACUCUUGAGGGCGUCGUCACGCAAGCGGAGUAAGGAGAGUGACCGUAUUCUUAACCGGUAUCGAUAUGUACACAUUUUUGUAUAAACUCAUGUUCUUCCAUCUAGGGACAAAAGGUUGGUAGCCGGACUGAAGGGGAAAAAAAGGGAAGGGGGGUAUAAUUAUAUAAAACCAAGGAGUAAAAAUGUGGAAAACGAAGCAAAACGAAGAAACUCGAAACGAACAUAAAAAGGAAGAUAGUUUCAACGAUAUCCUUGAGUUGAUUUUUGGAAUUUUGGAGUGCAUGUUAUUAUUGUUUUAUGGAGUGAAACGGAGCGUUUGGAUUUUGAUUUCAACAUCAGAUCAGGGGUUGCUGGUGGGAAUUUAAAGGAGCGACAUCUCUUGAGACUUUAUUAUUACUAUUAUUGUCAUCUGCAUGAUCGUAAUCAUACGAUGAGGGAACCGAUAUCGCAGUGCAAUCCUCUGAUAUCCCCAGGAAAGAGGACUGAAUACGAAACCUGGAUAGGAGAGUAGGAGGUGUUCAUGAAUACAUCCUUGCGCAAGUUGAAAAAAUGAAUACAUCAGCAGCAUCGGUAAUGUAGGAACUAAUUCUUUUUUUUCCCAUAACGUACGAUAUCCCAAUAAUAAACAUGCAGAAUUCUUGUUACCAACCAUUCCAUCAUCCAGCAAGCAACAGAAUCAGAAACAAGUCCGAAGAAAAGAAUAUGAAUGGGAGUCAGGACAGGACAUGGGUGGUCAGUUAACAGCCAAAAGCCACUGCCCACACUCUUCUUCGAUUUUAUCAUCAAAGGGAUUAUCCCACAACCCUACUGCUUCCCUGUCGCAUCCUUAUCACUAGUAGCCGAAUCUACCCCCUUCAACGCCUUUAUCUCACUAUUAAGCCAAUGCUUAAAGGGUUCGGGAUGAAACGUGCCAUCCGCAGAAAACCAUCUCGAAAAGGGCGCAGAAACAGUAGCGUCCUGAAGAACCGCACCGGAGUUGGAUGUAUGUCUAAUGCGCAGUGUAUAUAACGGCGAAUGCUUUUUAGUCGAUGAGCAGAUGUGGAGCUGGUUGGAUUCGUUUAUUCAUUAGUCCACAAUGCUACCCUGAAAAACAUCUACGUUGUAUAUAAGCAUAUAUAACCAUACCUUCUCACCCCCUUCCCUACUCCCCUCAAACACCUGUCCGGC